CUCACCCCAACCCGACCCCAUACAAAUCAUAAUUCUGCCUCGUCACCGCCGCAAGCCACCGCUAAAACCACCACUUCUGAUGACGUUGCCGCCACUGUUGGACUACCAUUUCAAGCCCAAGCCCUCUAUUUUCUGACACAACACAAGCCUAGGUCUUACCUGUCUUGUUGCUGAGCUUCUUUUGCCCCACACCCUGAUUCUCCAAUCCCCUUUUUCUGUUCAGAGGUUUUAAGAGAUCUCUUGGUGAAACUCUCUUCCUCUUUGGCUAUAUCUAUUUCAUUCAAACCAGAAUUUUACAAAUCGAUCAGAUUUACUACAGAAUCUGAGGGUGUAAUCUCAUUUACCCAUUACCAGCAGCUAAUGAUAAUACAAUCUUGAUUGGGGAAAGAGGAGUUGGCGGGAUGCUAGUUUCUGGAAUUGGAAUAAACUAUUGUAAAUGUCAGCUAUAUUACGACGUCUCAGAUGGGUCAUAACUGGUCUGAACAAAUCAGCGCCUAAGAAACUACAUAUUACUGAUGUGAGACCCUUGCCUCUGUUAACCCCGUCUCAACAGAAACAGACACAAUUGCUUGACCCCAGCUCCCUGGAGCCUAAAGCUAAAGAAUCUGAACAACCAAUGCUGGAGGCUGUCCAUGAGAUUGCCAUUUACAUUCACCGGUUUCACAACCUUGAUUUAUUCCAGCAAGGGUGGUAUCAGAUCAAAAUAACAAUGAGGUGGGAGGAUGAUGAGUACAGCUCAUUGGGAACUCCAUCAAGAGUUGUUCAAUAUGAAGCUCCUGAUAUGGGUUGUGAUGACAUAUGUGGAAUAUGGAGAAUCAAUGACACAGACCAUAGCUUUUCAACUCAGCCUUUUCGAAUUAGAUAUGCCAGGCAGGAUGUUUUUUUGUCAAUGAUGGUUGCUUUCACGUUACCUCUCAGUAAACAUGAGGGUGUAUCCACAUCAGCUGUUUUAUUGAAGUUUGAGCUCAUGUAUGCUCCAGUGUUGGAGGGCAGCUCUAAUUUGCUAGCUUCAUUGGAUGCAUGCCCUGCUGCUGUUCAUGAAUUUCGUCUUCCUCCCAAAUCUCUUCUGGGGCUACACACAUAUUGCCCUGUUCACUUUGAUGCCUUUCAUUCAGUUCUAGUUGAUAUCACCGUACACAUCAGCCUUCUAAAAGGUGGCCUUUUGCCCUCCUCACUGCAGGUACCCAGUGGUUCUCUAGGUCGUGAAGUUGCUGGCGAAAAGAAUGAUACCUCAAAGCAAGUAUUGCUUAUUAAGGCAUUUGUAACUGCUCGUGAUCUGCUCAUUGAAGAAUUACAAAAUCUCAGCAAGGCUAUUAAUCAAACAGUUGAUAUUCCUGAUUUUACUUCUAAGCUUGAUGAUAAUGAGUUUUUGGGAUGCUUUGCAAGCAGGGAUGAGGAAAAUACUGAUCUUGUUGUUUCAGGAAAAGAGUCGAGCGAAUACAAUAAUGGCUUUCAGAAAGGAAACAUUGACACUCAAAGUUUUAGAACUCUGGAUUCGUUAUCUAAUGAUGAAUUACUCUGCUCAUUUCACUUACUUGGGAAUCAAACAUUUCACUUGUGGAGUACGUUUUCGAAGUUUCACAGGGCUAACAAAAUAAAGAUUCUUGAACAUUUACAAGAUCAAUGGGCUAUUGAUCGGAGAGCGGAAUGGUCAAUAUGGAUGGUUCACUCUAAGGUUGAGAUGCCUCAUCAAUAUAUAAGUAGUGCUGUUGAUGACUCGUCCUACCAUGGUUUUCAUGGGAGAGCACCUGUUUUGCGGAAAAUUUCUGAGGAUCCAGCCCAAACUGCAGCUAUGCGAGCUGAGCUUCAUAGACGAAGUAUUGCCCAAAUGAGAAUCAAUAGUAGAUCCAUUCAAGACCUGCAUAUAUUUGGAGAUCCAUCACGGAUUCCAAUCAUGCUUGUAGAGCGCACUGUAAAUGCACCAUUACGUUCAACCAGUGGAAAUUCAUACUUCAGCCGUGCGGAUCAGAAGAACAAAGUUAGCCCACUUUCAGAAGUUGGAUCCAAAGCGAUGGACAAAUUAUCUGGUGUGAGCUCCCGGCAAAGUGGUCGUGUUUUGAAAAUAGUUGUCUUUGUCCAUGGGUUUCAGGGGCAUCACCUGGACUUGCGACUAGUUCGUAAUCAAUGGCUUUUGAUUGAUCCUAAGGUAGAAUUUUUAAUGUCAGAGGUUAAUGAAGAGAAAACAUCUGGAGAUUUUAGAGAAAUGGGACAGAGACUAGCUCAAGAAGUAGUCUCUUUCAUAAAGAAGAAGAUGGAUAAGGUCUCUAGAUCUGGAGGUUUACGAAGUAUAAAGCUAAGCUUCGUUGGACAUUCAAUUGGGAACAUCAUUUUGAGAACUGCAUUAACAGAGAGUGUUAUGGAACCAUACCUCAGAUUCCUUUAUACCUAUGUAUCUGUUUCUGGUCCACAUCUAGGAUAUUUGUACAGCUCAAAUUCUUUAUUCAAUUCUGGAUUGUGGCUCUUGAAGAAGCUCAAGGGCACACAAUGCAUUCAUCAGCUUACUUUCACGGAUGAUCCAGAUCUCCAAAAUACUUUUCUGUACGGACUUUGUAAGCAAAAGACCUUGGAGAACUUCAGGAACAUUAUUCUCUUAUCUUCACCGCAGGAUGGUUACGUGCCAUAUCAUUCUGCAAGAAUUGAAAUGUGUCAAGCAUCUUCAGGGGACAACUCGAAGAAGGGUAAAGUUUUUCUGGAGAUGCUUAAUGAUUGCUUGGACCAGAUACGUGCGCCCUUGUCUGAACCCAGAGUAUUCAUGCGGUGCGAUGUUAAUUUUGAUAUCUCCUUGCAUGGGAGGAGCUUGAAUACUAUCAUUGGACGAGCAGCUCAUAUAGAAUUCUUGGAGUCAGACAUAUUUGCCAGAUUCCUUAUGUGGUCAUUCCCAGAACUCUUCCGGUGAUUCAAGGAAUUUUUUUUUCUCCCAUUUUUGUGGUAUAGGUGAUUUUAACCAAAGACAAAGAACCAGAGCUUUUGAUGGCUGUGUGACCUCCAAUUUUUGAAGUGAGGAGGGAGGCCAGCCAACUUAUGGUUUCUGGAUUUGGCAUUGCCCCUGGGAGUGGAGCUUAAAUCUGAAUGUUAAAGGAUGCAGCUGAGUGAAGGUGUGUGGAUGGAUGAUGUUUUGCUGUAACAAAUGGGCAGUUCACUGAGAAAGCAAUUCCGCUUUUGGCUGAAAGCCCUUUUUUUUUUUUUUGCAUUUUUUCCCACCCCCACCCCUUUAAGGUGUACCUAUGUAUUUAGAGUAGUAUUUAGUUAGGUAGAUUGUGUACUUUUUUAGUUAAUUAUUACUGUAUACAUGUUUUAUAAUAGCAGAUUUAGGUGAUAAAUUUCAUAGGGGUGUGUUUGUACAUUGGUUGAGGAAGUUUAUGGGGUGUCGGGGAAGUUGAUGAUGAGGAUAUUGUUGUAUCUUUUGUGCAGCGAGAGAAAUCAUGCACAUGUGUAAUGAAUCCUCAAAAAAGAAGAAGGUUUCUUAAUGCUAAUAUGAUGGUUUAGUAGGUAA